GAAGCGGGUGGCGGGCCGUGGCGGAAGGGUAGGCGGCGGGGCAGGGAGCCCAGCCAUGGCUUUCCGGUAGCGGCAGCUUCCCCUCCUCCCUCCGGUCGGCACCGGGAGCCAUGGCCCGGGCCCCGGCGGCCGUGAGCGGCGGGAGGCGGGCGCUGCUGGUGCUGCGACCUCGAGGCGCCCUCCCGCACCGUGCCGCCGCCGCCGCGUCACGUGUCAGCACCUCAGCGCCAGGGUCCUCGCAGGGCAAGGGCAGCGCCUCCCUGCUGGGCAGCAGGAGGCUCUUCUUCGACACUCAUGCGCUGGUGUGCCUCUUGGAAGAGAAUGGGUUCACUACCCAGCAGUCGGAGGUGAUCGUAUCUGCAUUAGUGAAAAUCAUGAACACCAACCUGGAUAUGAUCUACAAGGACAUGGUGACCAAAGUACAGCAGGAGAUCGCUCUUCAGCAAGUAAUGUCUCACAUUGGUGCAGUGAAAAAGGACAUGAUUAUUUUGGAGAAAAGUGAAUUUUCAGCACUCCGUUCAGAAAAUGAGAAAAUAAAACUCGAACUCCAGCAGAUAAAGAAGCAAGUCAUGGAUGAAAUUACUAAAGUGCGUGCAGAUAACAAGUUGAACCUAAACCUAGAAAAGAGCAGAGUAAAAGAAUUGUAUUCACUCAAUGAAAGAAAACUACUUGAAAUGAGGACAGAAAUAGUGGAGUUGCAUGCACAACAAGAUCGAGCUCUGACCCAAACAGACAGAAAAAUAGACACAGAAGUUGCAGAUCUAAAAACAAUGCUUGAAUCACACAAACUUGAUAACAUUAAGUACUUGGCAGGUUCAGUAUUUACAUGCCUUACAGUAGCACUGGGAUUUUAUCGCUUAUGGAUAUAAUAAAGUAUCAAUUUAAAGGGACUUCUACUGUCUUGUUUUCUGAAAAACAAAGAAAUUUUAUCUUUGCCUGGACUUCAACCAAGUCUUGAAUGUUUUAUGUAUUUUUCUGUGAAGCAGACUGUAUUGAGAAUGUAACCAAAGACGUGCCUAGGAUCAAAUUGUACAUAUGUUGUGCAUAUUUUGAAAGUUACCUCUGAUCAAAGCAUGGUGUAAGCACUUCUGCUGUUUCCCUUCACUCUCAGCUGCGGUACACCUUGCUGUUGAAGUGCCACAUAAAGAUGGGCAUUCAUACCAGUCGUAUAGGGCUGCAUGCUGUAGAAAAGAAUCUGUUGUAAGAGUUACAUUUUGUUGCCUAUUUAGACAUGCUUACCGGAGUCAACUGCAUGUAUUGGACUGGAAUUAUGAUUAUUAACAUAAAACUGAAACUACAUUUUGUGGCUCGGAGACACUCUUGUGUAAAUAAGAUUUGUGUUCACGGAAUCACGCUUACUUCUUACUUGUUCAUACAGAUGUUAUGAUCGAAUAUUUGUCUUGCUAUUUUUAUAAUAAUAGAGUCAUCAGCUUGUUUUUCAGAUGACCAUUCAGUCAAUCAUUCACGAUAGCAGUAUUUGCUGCUAGUUUUGUUUGUAAUAUAUUUGUAGAGUGGUUUGUUUGUUUACUUGUUUUUACUAACUUGCCUUUGGUACAUAUUAAAAAUCUGAUACUCAUUCCAUAUGCUAACUGUUAACCACUGUAACUGGAGGUUUGAAAUGCAGUAAAAUACACCACUGUUAUUUUUAUGGUUAAAUGAUACAAACCGUCUCUGGUGCUGCUUCCUUUAUGGAAAAUGUUUCUAGAUAGGGAAAAGAUUUUUAGCUGGUAGUUAUGAAGCACUGUCAUACAUGAGGGAACUGCAAUACUCUGGUUUUUGUUUGUUUGCUCUUCUUGUUUUAUUUCAGGAAAAAAAAUUGUGGUUCUUCAAAUGUGGAACUUUGGUAGUGAUUAUAACAAUGAAAGCAGUAAUGAAGGCUAAAAGGAUAUUUAAUCUCAUUCUGCGCAAGCCCGUGUGUACUAGUAAAUGCAACUGAAAGCUAUGAAGGGAAGUGUCCAGUGUAUCCAGAUACGUACAUCAUUCCUCUACUGAUGAAACAACAGGUUUAUUAACAGGGCUGUCAUCUGUGCUCCUUCCAUUAAGUGAAAUUUCCUAAUCUUGCCUCUUAGGAGAGGAGAACAACAUAUGCACUAGUAACAAAUGCUGUUAGAGCACAAUCAUGGCUUUGCUUUUUGAAAGUAAAGCUGUUUGGCUACUUUGUGCCUAUACUAUAGUAACCAUUUAAGUAACCAUUUAACUUUCUUGGUGGUUGGGAGUGCCAACUUGGAUUGUAUCUAAGUGAGGAGAAGAGAUGGAUGCCUGUAACAAUACUAUCUUGGCCUGAAAUAAAGAAUUUUGGAUAUUUUAUAGAGUUAUGCUGAGUUUUCAUUAUUAAUGAAACUUCUUAAAUGAAUUUGCAAUCUUUUGAUAUUUUUUUUAAAGGUAAUUCACUGUUAGUGAGACUUUUAAAGCUAAGAAUUAGCAAAGUCAACAGCCACUAUAACACUGAAAAGGAAAGAAAAGUCAGUAUAGAUGGUUAUUUCACAAUAAUAGUUUUCCUUGUGCUAACCUAACAAACUCUCAAAUUAAUCUAUAUUCCAGAUUUUCACCUUUUUAUUUAAAAAAAAGAAAGAUCUAUAUAUAUAUAUAUAUUUUGUAUAGGACUUAACGUGUUCUCAAAUAGAGAAUCUAUAACUUAAUUUUAGGAACAUCUUGAUUCCUAUCUUCACAGAACAGUGUCAGUGAAAUCUUUACAUCUUUACCUGUAUGCCUGAGCAUCUGAUAAAUAGUCGCUUAAGUAAUUCUUAAUUAGCAAAGUCAGAAUAAUAGCACUUUCUGGUGUGUUUCAAACAAGCAAUGACUUUAAUAUGUUUUUCAGGAAAAAAACAAAAACACAAUUAGAAAAUAAUUGUUAUUUCCUAGCCUACAAAGGCUAAAUGAUGUAAAAGUUCGCUACUGUUAUACGUAUAGAUGGAAAAUCUGAUUUCUUCCUCUGAUUUUAAAGAUGAUUUAGCAAUUGUUCUAACACAUGAAUCACAUUUAUUGGAGUUCCUAAGAGGUAGAAUUUACACUUCGAAAUACAUGGAUGGAUUUCCUUUCAAAGAAGUAUUUGAACUUAAACAAAACCCAAACAAACAAAAAAAACCACCACUCACAACAAAAACCUAAAUAUCUCUUGGAAAGCAACAGUGAGUGUCAAAUGAUCACUGAAUUAAUAACUAGGAGACCUGAGUUGGUACUCUUCCCAAUUUUUUUCCUGUAAUACUUUUUCUGCAUCAUGCUUUAUAGUGUUUAGUAUCAGAAGCAAUUAGAUGGUACAGAAAUACUUUUUGGUUCUCUGGUUUCAGAUUUUGAUUUUUCAAAGAUUUACAAAAAAAUGUGAAAAGUACUGUUUAAAAACCUGAAGUUGAUCCUAAAGGUUCCUUGUGUUUUGUAGAACAAAGAGAUCCAGAAGUCUUACAAAACUGUGUUUAUUUGUAAUAUGUUAGUGAGAAUAUAUGGAAUUUAACUGCUUGCCUGUCUUGCUUUACCUCUUGUUUUCAGUAACAACCUGUGAGGGAGCCAUCUCCAAUUUACUGGUAUUAACUGAAGUGUUUACUUUCACUAAACUGUUACUGACAGUUAUUGCUGUUAAAUCACAUGCUGCUUAGCCCUUUCUCUACUGGAGGUGCUGAUUGCAUCAUUCAUUUCCCAGAAUAUCGAAGAGUUAUUCUUAAAAACAUGAGCUGACAAAUAAAGACUUAUUUUUAAUGUA